UGUCGGCGGAGAUAUUGAUAAGACUUUUUUUAAUAAGAGGGAAAAUUAAGGAUGAGAGAGAGAAUGUUGUUAGUUAACUCAGGAAUAAUAAGAGAGAGAAGAGAGUUUUCUUUCACUACUAGCUAGAAGAACUAGAGUGAGUGACUGAGUUCUGACUUGACUUGUUCUGAGGUGGUAAUUAGGUUUAAGUUAAUUUAUUAAUUUUUUUUUAUCUGAAUUCUGAUUUGAGUGAGUGAAUUGAGUUAAAAAGGAAACAGAUGGCUUGUACUUGAUCAUCUGUGAGCUGAUCGGCGUAUAUUAAUAAGUUUUGCUGACCAAAACAAAAAUUACCGAGCAAGGGAAGUUAAACGAAUUGAGCGAGAUGAGUGAGAAGCAAAGAAUGAUAAGAGAGAGAAAAGCCAGAAGAGGAGCAGCAGCAGCAGCAGUAAAUCUUCCUUGAUAUUUCCAAACUGAGUGUGAGAGAGAGAUAGCUAAAGAAAUUGUAGCAACGCUGUCGCUGGGCAUAGUUGUAGAUGUGGGAGUAGCUAGCAGCUACAAUAAACAAGGAUAAGACGGGAGAUCGAUCUCUAGCUAUCUGAAUUCUGAAAUGGAGGCGAGUGCUGGUUUAGUUGCCGGCUCUCACAACCGAAAUGAGCUUGUCGUCAUCCCCCGUGAACGUGAUGGGGAAUCUGCUCCGAAAGCGUUGCAGGGGCAGAUUUGCCAGAUUUGUGGAGAUGAUGUAGGCCUGACUGCAGACCGGGAGCUGUUCGUGGCCUGUAACGAGUGUGCCUUUCCCAUUUGCCGCACUUGUUAUGAGUACGAGCGCUGCGAGGGAAGCCAAGUCUGUCCUCAGUGCAAGACCCGCUUCAAACGUCUUAAGGGGUGUGCCAGGGUGCAGGGUGAUGAAGAAGAAGAUGGUGUGGAUGACUUGGAGCACGAAUUCAGUUUUGAUGCAACAAGGAGCAGAAAUGGUAUGCAGCAGGCGCUUGCCGCAGACGCAAUGCUUCACGGCUACAUGAGCUACGGCCGUGCCUCUGACUCUGAUUUCCCUCAAGUCCUUCAUCCCAUGCCCCAACUUCCCCUCCUUACAAAUGGUCAAAUGGUUGAUGAUAUCCCUCCUGAACAACAUGCUUUGGUCCCUUCUUUCAUGGGAACUACUGCCAGAGGCAAAAGGAUCCACCCUUUUCCUUUCUCAGAUCCUGCCUUUCCAGUACAAGCCAGAUCCAUGGAUCCUUCCAAAGAUCUCGCGGCUUAUGGCUAUGGUAGUGUUGCUUGGAAGGAAAGGAUGGAGAGUUGGAAGGAAAAGCAAGAGAAAUUACAGAUGAUGAAACAUGAAAAUGGUGGCAAAGAUUGGGACUAUGAUGGGGAUGGGAAUGGCCCUGAUCUACCACUAAUGGAUGAGGCAAGACAGCCCUUGUCAAGAAAAUUGCCAAUUCCAUCGAGCCAAAUCAAUCCUUACCGAAUGAUCAUCAUGAUUCGACUUGUUGCUCUUGGAUUCUUCUUUCAUUAUCGGGUUAUGCAUCCUGUGAAUGAUGCAUAUGCGUUGUGGCUCAUCUCAGUAAUUUGUGAGAUUUGGUUUGCUGUUUCAUGGAUUCUUGAUCAGUUCCCAAAGUGGCUUCCCAUUGACAGGGAAACUUAUCUGGACAGAUUGUCCCUGAGGUAUGAGAAGGAAGGCCAGCCUUCACAACUUUGCCCAGUUGAUAUUUAUGUCAGUACAGUUGAUCCGUUGAAGGAGCCUCCUUUGGUGACUGCAAACACUGUUCUUUCCAUUCUUGCAGUGGACUACCCUGUCAACAAGGUCUCAUGUUAUGUUUCAGAUGAUGGUGCUGCUAUGCUGACAUUUGAGGCACUGUCUGAAACAUCUGAGUUUGCUAAAAAGUGGGUCCCUUUCUGUAAGAAGUUUAGCAUAGAACCACGGGCACCUGAAUGGUAUUUUGCACAAAAGAUAGAUUAUCUUAAAGAUAAGGUGCUUCCAUCAUUUGUGAAGGAACGGAGAGCAAUGAAGAGAGAAUAUGAAGAGUUUAAAGUUCGAAUCAAUGCUUUGGUUGCUAAAGCUCAGAAGGUUCCAGAAGAAGGAUGGACGAUGCAAGAUGGAACUCCGUGGCCUGGAAAUAAUGUUCGUGAUCAUCCUGGGAUGAUUCAGGUUUUUCUCGGCCAAAGUGGAGGACAUGACACAGAUGGGAAAGAAUUACCGCGCCUGGUAUAUGUUUCUAGAGAAAAGAGACCUGGGUUUAACCACCACAAAAAAGCUGGAGCAAUGAAUGCUUUGGUGAGAGUCUCAGCUGUUCUUACGAAUGCACCUUACUUGUUGAACUUGGAUUGUGAUCACUAUAUCAAUAAUAGUAAAGCUCUUAGAGAGUCAAUGUGUUUCAUGAUGGAUCCGUUGGUAGGAAAGAGAGUGUGCUAUGUCCAGUUCCCACAGAGAUUUGAUGGUAUUGACAGGCAUGACCGAUAUGCCAACCGAAAUACGGUGUUCUUCGAUAUUAACAUGAAAGGCUUGGAUGGGAUACAAGGGCCUAUCUACGUUGGGACUGGAUGUGUCUUCAGAAGGCAGGCUCUCUAUGGUUAUGAUGCUCCAAAAACAAAGAAGCCACCAACCAGGACAUGCAACUGCUUGCCAAAAUGGUGCUGUUGUGGAUGCUUUUGUUCUGGAAAGAGGAAGAAGAAGGCCAACAAACCUAAGACUGAUAUGAAGAAAAGGAAUUCCAAGAAGGGAGAUACAGUGGCUCUGGCAGCUGUCUGUGCUCUGGAGGGUAUCGAAGAGGGCAUUGAAGGUGUUGAAGUUAAAAAUUUGACUCUGAUGUCUGAGGAGAAGUUGGAAAAGAAGUUUGGGCAGUCUUCUGUGUUUGUGGCAUCCACCUUGCUAGAGGAUGGAGGGACACUGAAAAGCACCAGGCCAGCAUCUCUGCUUAAAGAAGCCAUCCAUGUCAUUAGCUGUGGCUAUGAAGAUAAAACUGAAUGGGGAAAGGAAGUUGGCUGGAUAUAUGGUUCAGUUACAGAGGAUAUCCUAACAGGCUUUAAAAUGCAUUGCCAUGGGUGGCGAUCCAUAUAUUGUAUCCCCGCAAGGCCUGCAUUUAAAGGGUCUGCUCCCAUUAAUCUGUCUGAUCGUUUGCACCAAGUCCUUCGGUGGGCCCUUGGAUCAAUCGAAAUAUUCUUGAGCAGGCAUUGCCCUCUUUGGUACGGGUAUGGAGGGGGUUUGAAGUGGUUGGAACGUCUGUCUUACAUAAAUGCUACUGUGUAUCCAUGGACAUCGAUUCCACUUCUUGCUUAUUGCACUCUACCUGCUGUAUGUCUGCUAACAGGCAAAUUUAUCACUCCAGAGCUCAGCAAUGUUGCUAGCUUGUGGUUUCUGUCUCUUUUCAUUUGCAUCUUUACAACGAGCAUAUUGGAAAUGAGAUGGAGUGGCGUUGGCAUUGAUGAGUGGUGGAGAAAUGAGCAGUUUUGGGUGAUUGGAGGGGUGUCAGCGCAUUUGUUUGCUGUGUUUCAAGGGCUUUUAAAGGUUUUAGCUGGUGUUGAUACAAACUUUACUGUGACAUCAAAAGCAGGGGACGACGCAGAUUUCUCGGAGCUUUAUGCAUUUAAGUGGACGACAUUGCUCAUCCCACCAACCACACUGCUCAUAAUAAACUUGAUAGGAGUAGUCGCUGGAGUCUCCAAUGCUAUAAACAAUGGGUAUGAGUCAUGGGGGCCUCUGUUUGGUAAGCUCUUCUUUGCCUUCUGGGUGAUUGUUCACCUCUAUCCUUUCCUCAAGGGUCUGCUUGGUAGGCAGAACAGAACUCCUACAAUCAUUAUUGUGUGGUCAAUACUGCUGGCUUCCAUCUUCUCCCUUUUAUGGGUUCGGGUUGAUCCAUUCUUGGCCAAGUCGGAUGGCCCAGUCCUGGAGGAAUGUGGAUUGGACUGCCAUUAACACCACAUGUUGUGUGCCAUUCAUAUACAAUCCUUGUGCAACUGGCUGGCGUAUGAUACAAACAAAUUAUAAAGUUUUGUUAUGUGCGUUUGAGUGAAUGUGAUCAGUGUUCAGUGUUCAGUGACAGACGGGUCUGCAAGCUGUAGAUUAAAUACAUGUAUGGCACGGCACGGCACGGAUCUCUUUCGAACAGCUCCUUCCCUUCUCUUGUGUUCGGUUAUUGGUUUUGGUUUGGGAAAUUCUAAAUAUCAAGUCCAACUCCGAUCCGAGCUGGUGUCUGGCUGGCUGCUGUCUGUAAACUUCAUAGGGUGGUGGUGGGAGAUUGUUCCUCCGAUACUUAUUACUUCCAGUUGAUAAAUCGUGUCUAGAAAGAUAAGGUAGGUUGUUGAACCAGAACAAGACCACACUGCGUUUGUGUAUUAUUCUUGUUAUUUGUCACCAGUCUCUGUAUCUCUCAAUAUUCGAUUCACAGUAACAGCAGGCCACGGCGUGCUGCAUGCAAGUUGUAACUAUAAAAGCAAUUUUGUGGAACGAUACAAAAUAUUGGGGCUCAUUGUUUGCCCUUUAUAAUAGGGUCGAUAUCCAUUUAGGCCACGUUUGGUAACUAGUAUUGGAUUGGAUACUUCUUAUAUUUGAACCAUGUUCAAGGAAGAAAAGAAAUGUUUUUUGGUCAA